UUACCCUGCAAAUUGCGAAGCCAUUAGAGAGAGAGAGAGAGAGAGAGAGAGAGAGAGAGAGUUGGUGUUGUGGUGGAAGAUGGCGGCUACGUUCAGGUGGAUACUGCAACUACACAAGGACGUUCCAAAAGCUGCGAAAUUCUACUCAGAGGGUUUAGACUUCACCGUCAAUGUCUGUACCCUUCGUUGGGCCGAACUUCAAUCCGGUCCUCUCAAACUCGCUCUCUUACAUUCCCCAAGUGAACCUCCCCCGCAGAAGGGAUACUCAUCAGUCUUAUCCUUCACAGUGACGGACAUUAACAAUACCGUGACAAAACUAAUGGCUUUGGGUGCAGAGCUGGAUGGUCCCAUCAAAUAUGAGAUCCAUGGAAAGGUUGCAGCGAUGCGUUGUGUUGAUGGGCAUAUGGUGGGUCUUCAUGAGCCUGCCUGAAAGUGCCUCACAGUGAGCAGUGUCCCUUUGCAAGCUUCGAAAGGAAGAAACCGCCUUUUAGGGAAUCAAAUUAAUGAAAAGCCUCUGUUAUUUGAAGACCUGGGGAAUGCAAGAAUAGGUUUCUGCCCUUCUCCAUUUUGUUUAACUGCAAUAUAUGAAUGUUGAUAUGGAUCAACUAUGAGACAGAUAAAAUUGGGACAAUAUGUUUAAUUGUGGAGUGAUGAGACGCUAAUUUGAAGAAGAAUUAGGCAAUGUCAGAGAAGAUAUUAGCAGAGUGUAUGCUUUGCCACAAGCGGGGAUAUUAGGAGUGCAUUAAUCUCUUUUUUCUUCAAGGAUAGGUGUUUAGGGCCUUUCUUUGUUGUCGCCUUUGAACUUCAAAGAACAAGUAAUGUACUAAUUAGAUAUGCGAAUGACUUCAUAUGAGUAUCGACUAUUAAUAAA